AUGGCGACAAGGGUUGCUUUGAAAUUUAUGAAGGAGUGUUGUAUUCGUAGGAACAAGGUCCAAUUGAACGAUAAUCGCAGGCGUUAUUUCUGUGCUGCUGCCUCAGCUGGCGCCGCCAACACUCCACCCCAAAUUCCCAAGAAAGUUCCUCAUUUUUCGAAAAAGGGCAGAUUAUUUACAGGAGCUGCUAUAGGGCUGCUCAUAGGAGGAGGUGCAUAUGCAAGUACUGUAGAUGAAGCAACUUUCUGUGGCUGGCUAUUCUCCGCAACAAAGCUCGUGAAUCCGUUCUUUGCAUUCCUCGAUCCUGAGGUGGCUCACCGACUGGCAGUAUCUGCUGCAGCCCGCGGGUGGGUCCCUAUCGAGAAGAGGCCCGACCCGCAAAUAUUGGAACUCGAAGUUUGGGGAAGGAGGUUUACCAAUCCAAUCGGUCUUUCAGCUGGUUUCGACAAAAAUGCUGAAGCCGUUGAGGGCUUGCUUGGGUUAGGUUUUGGUUUUGUGGAGGUUGGGUCGGUCACUCCAGUUCCACAGGAGGGUAAUCCAAAGCCUCGUAUAUUUAGACUGCGAAAGGAAGGAGCUAUCAUCAACAGAUGUGGGUUCAAUAGUGAAGGGAUUGUUGCUGUGGCAAAGCGUUUGGGUGCGCAACACGGAAAAAGAAAGCUGGAAACAUCGAGCAGCUCAUCUCUCACUGAAGAGGAGGCCAUCCAUGGAGGGAAAGCAGGUCCUGGUAUUCUUGGGGUUAAUCUCGGAAAGAAUAAGAUGAGUGAGGAUGCUGCAGCUGAUUAUGUGCAAGGAGUUCACACUUUGUCUCAGUUUGCCGAUUACUUGGUUAUCAAUAUUUCAUCCCCCAACACUCCGGGACUGCGGCAACUUCAGGGGAGGAAACAAUUAAAAGACCUCGUGAAAAAGGUUCAAGCGGCUCGUGACGAAAUGCAAUGGGGUGAGGAAGGCCCACCACCUUUGCUUGUGAAAAUUGCUCCAGACUUGUCUAAACAGGAUCUUGAAGAUAUUGGAGCAGUUGCUCUUGCUCUUCGAGUAGAUGGCUUGAUCAUAUCGAACACAACUAUUCAGAGACCGGAUGCCGUAAGUCAAAAUCCCGUGGCUCAGGAAACUGGUGGCUUGAGUGGAAAGCCGCUCUUUAACCUGUCCACAAAUAUACUCAGGGACAUGUAUAUUCUUACAAAGGGAAGGAUUCCUUUGAUUGGCUGUGGAGGUGUGAGCAGUGGAGAGGACGCGUACAAGAAAAUACGAGCUGGGGCAACUCUUGUUCAGUUGUAUACUGCGUUUGCAUAUGGAGGGCCUGCCUUAAUACCUCAGAUAAAGGAUGAACUCGCAAAAUGCUUAGAGAAGGACGGUUUCAAGUCUAUUUACGAAGCAGUUGGAGCCGAUUGCAGAUGA